GGGUUAAAGGUCUUGCUAAAAGGCAGAACUGGGAUUCGAACCCUCAACCUUUCGAUUAAUAGGGCCUGAAGCUCCUCCCACUGUCCCGCUCUACACUAGAGGUUAAUGAUGCUGAGAGCAGCAGUGAUGAUGCACACAUUGUGACAUCAUCAUGAUGACAUCACCACACUCCAAACCUCUGGUAUAAAUAGCCGCGUUUCGUGUGUUUGUGCUCAUUUGAUCUGAGACGCCGAGACAGUAAGCAGCAUGAACAUGUUCUCCUGUUGGACUUCUCCAUCUGACGAUGACGAGCCGCACAGGCGGGUAAACGAACCGGAGAAGAAGGUAAAGAAGAGAAAAUGGUGGCAGAGACGCCAGAAGGUGGAGAUGCAGGACGUGGAGGGUCAGGAGGGAAGCGGGGUAAAGGGUGAAGAGAUGGGGCAAGGAGUGAGGCAGAAUGUUUUAGAGGACCAGGCAGACCAAAUACCAAAGAUGGAGAAGCAGGUGGUUCUGGGAAAAACCAAACCUGAGAAGAAAGUAAAGAAGAGAAAAUGGUGGCAGAGACGCCAGAAGGUAGAGAUGCAGGACGUGGAGGGUCAGGAGGGAAGCGGGGUAAAGGGUGAAGAGAUGGGGCAAGGAGUGAGGCAGAAUGUUUUAGAGGACCAGGCAGACCAAAUACCAAAGAUGGAGAAGCAGGUAAAGAAGAGAAAAUGGUGGCAGAGACGCCAGAAGGUAGAGAUGCAGGUGGCCUCACGGGACCUGGUGGAAGAACCAGAGCAGGUCGUCCUAAAGGACCAGAGGAGGGAACCAGUAAACAAGGUGGUUCUGGUUUCUGAGAUUGAGAUGAAGAAGUUAGAGCAGGUGGACCCAGUGGAGCAGGUGGACCCAGUGGAAAAACCAGACCAGGUCGUGAAGAAGGCCGAAAGGCAGGUGGACCCAGUGGAAAAACCAGACCAAGUCGUGAAGAAGGCCGAAAGGCAGGUGGACCCAGUGGAAAAACCAGACCAGGUUGUGAAGAAGGUAGAGAGGCAGAUGGCCCCAGAGGAAAAACCAGACCAGGUUGUGAAGAAGGUAGAGAGGCAGGUGGACCCAGAGGAAAAACCAGACCAGGUUGUGAAGAAGGUAGAGAGGCAGAUGGACCCAGAGGAAAAACCAGACCAGGUUGUGAAGAAGGUAGAGAGGCAGGUGGACCCAGAGGAAAAACCAGACCAGGUUGUGAAGAAGGUAGAGAGGCAGAUGGCCCCAGAGGAAAAACCAGACCAGGUUGUGAAGAAGGUAGAGAGGCAGGUGGACCCAGAGGAAAAACCAGACCAGGUUGUGAAGAAGGUAGAGAGGCAGGUGGACCCAGAGGAAAAACCAGACCAAGUUGUGAAGAAGGCCGAGAGGCAGGUGGACCCAGAGGAAAAACCAGACCAGGUUGUGAAGAAGGCCGAGAGGCAGGUGGACCCAGAGGAAAAACCAGACCAAGUUGUGAAGAAGGCCGAGAGGCAGGUGGACCCAGAGGAAAAACCAGACCAGGUUGUGAAGAAGGUAGAGAGGCAGAUGGCCCCGCUGAACCUGGUGGAAGAACCAGAGCAGGUCAUCCUAAUAAACCAGUGGAAGGAACAUGUAAAAAAUAGGGUUUGUUUCUUUGAGAAUGAGAUAAAGAAGGCCGAGAGGCAGGUGGACCCAGUGGAAAAACCAGACCAGGUUGUGAAGAAGGUAGAGAGGCAAGUGGACCCAGAGGAAAAACCAGACCAGGUCGUGAAGAAGGCCGAGAGGCAAGUGGACCCAGAGGAAAAACCAGACCAGGUCGUGAAGAAGGCCGAGAGGCAGGUGGACCCAGAGGAAAAACCAGACCAGGUUGUGAAGAAGGUAGAGAGGCAGAUGGCCCCGCUGAACCUGGUGGAAGAACCAGAGCAGGUCAUCCUAAUAAACCAGUGGAAGGAACAUGUAAAAAAUAGGGUUUGUUUCUUUGAGAAUGAGAUAAAGAAGGCCGAGAGGCAGGUGGACCCAGUGGAAAAAACAGACCAGGUUGUGAAGAAGGUAGAGAGGCAGGUGGACCCAGUGGACACAGUGUUAAAACCAAAGCAGGUAGGAAAGAACCAGAUUGAAAUAAAGAAGCCAAAUUUAGAGGAGAAAAUGGUCCUCAAAAACCUGGAGAGGAUGGAGAACAAAAGGCUGGAGAAGCAGGUGCUUCAGAUGGACCAGAUGACAAAAGUAGAAGAACGAGUGGAUCAGGUAGGUUUGAAGACUAAGGUUAAUAAACCUGAGAAGCAGGUGUGUCUACAGGACAGGCAGGUGGUUCUAGUGAACCGGGUGAAGGAACCAGACAGGGAUGAAGCACCUGAGCACCAGUGGACAGAACUGGAGGAGCCAGCAGCUUUGGAGCACCAAACAUGGAAACUGAAGGAGCAGAACCUGGAUAGAGGAUGCACUGAAGAUCCACUGAAGAACAUCUCCGAGGCGUCUUCAAACAAACCGGACCACGAGCAGCUGCAGGACGACGUUCUUGUUCCCCCCAUCGUCGAAGCCCAACCUGGAGAGUCCGGGGCUCUGAUGGAGACCGCGCGUGAAGAUGAAGGUGUCCCGAUGCCGAAGUCGAGAAGAGCCAGCCUGAGAACCAAACGGUUCCAGUUCUUCAACGCCUGAAGCUAAGGUGGUGACGAUCCGGAGAUCAUCCAAUCACACGCCGACUUUUCCAACAUCAAAAUAACAAUAAAGUGCCUUCAUGAA